GUUAUUGGAAGUGGGGAGAAGAUUAACUCCUCUGCCACGUAAUCGAAAAAAUAUUUCGCCUGACAGCAGCACGGGUUAGUUUGUGGCGAGGUGUCAACAGGUACAACUGUGCGACUGACCAUGCGAGGGUGAACAAGAACGAAGACAGGUGACAUACCUGUGGCUUUAGAAAGCGCUCGUGAUCCCGUGGACUGACAGCUCGCAAGCCAGCGGCAUUUGAAAAGAAUCAAUCAAACUGUCACACACUGUUCAUAGUGAGGUGUACGGGCACCGACAACUGGGAUCUGAUAAACGCGAACGAUUUCUAUCAUUUUUAACAGGUAGGGGUAAGAAGAAAGACUGUGCAUAGUCGCACGCAUGCUGACUCACCCUCUUAUUCAUUCACUGGCUUACAACUGUGUCCCUCUGAAAGUGUCACAUAUUGUGUUGCUCUGAGAGGUUUUGUGGGAGAACGGUAGGAGGGUGGGUUGGCUAACGGCUCUUUUUUUUUUAUCUUUCUUUGCUGCUCCUUUUCUCUCGUCCUUAUGUGUGUAUUAGUUGCGGCUUCAUGCUGCUGACCACAUGCAUACACCUGUUUGCUGACAUGCGUAGUGUGAGUCAGACCGCGAGGAAUGUUUCUUGUUUACGAAGGGCUCUGCUUACGACACACGCAAACUGGCUUGCUCAGGACACUGGCUCGGCCCUUUUGUUUCGAUGACCUUUAAACUCUCUUCUCUUUUUUUCUGUGAGCAGUUUGGAGGUUUGCGUGUCAUGGAUAUAAUGUAUCUUGUCCACGGUCACAUCCCUUGGCUCGCGACACGCCGGUAGAGUAGGGUGACAGUCGCGUUCCGUCCCUGACAAGCGCUCCUGAGUGAGUGCUAUCACCUCACUUGAUCAGUAGACCUCACUCCCCCCAACACGAGAGGCUGUUACGAAAGGGAGGGGAGCACCGAUGGCGACGUGAAGACUAGUGGAGAACAAGGAGUCGUUUGAAGACACCAAGUGUCUUUUCACGGGCGCCUAUCAUGGUAUAAUGGAGUUUAAAAUCCUGAGGAUCACUUGUGAAGGGAUAUCAACUUCUAGUAAUGAGCACCAGCUUGCAGAAGGUUGACAGCAGUCGAACUAGUCACAACCUCUGAGGUAUGGUGCAGCCGGCUGUUCUGCAGCCAUGGUGUGAGUGUGCAGCAGAAUGCGGAUUAACCAGGCGGUGAAGGCGGUGGGUGUGGUUGGCAUCAUCUCUAUCGUGGUCACCGCUUGUUUGUGGAAUUCUUGCAGCAAGCAGCAGGUGCACAUUAUACGAGACGCCCAGGCUGUACCAUCGGAUUUCCAAGCUGAGUUCCACCAUCGGGGCACUAACUCCAUCAAGACCAGCAUAGGCGUUGGUGGAAAUAACAAUGUUAAAUACCAUGAAAUUGAUUGUUUCAUCAACGAUGACUACCCCAUCAAAUGUCGACGAGAAGGCCAUGAAGUGUUUCUGCCUUUCAGCUUUGUACAGAAAUACUUUGAGGUUUAUGGCAAACUGGAAAUUGGGGAGAAAUCAGAGCGACUGGUGUUUCAGCAUUCUAAUUCUAAGGUGCACCCACCUCGGCAGACGUACAGUCCUGGAGGUGUCUUCAUGUCUUUCGAGUUCUACCAUGUAGAGGAGCGAGACCGAGUAAAGUGCAUCAGUGCUAUGGAAGGUGUGCCAUUUUCCACUCAGUGGACUCCAGAAGGUCAUUUCUACCCAGUACAGAUUGCCCAGUAUGGGCUGAGUCACUACUCCAAGCACUUAGUUGGGUCUUCCAGAGUUCUGGUGAUGGAGGAUGGAGAAGAAGAAGAUACAGCCGACUGGGCCAAACCUGAUAGCCGGGCCAAAAUCAGUCUCUUGUUAGACAAUAGCAAAAAUCAUGUGGUGGAAUUUCAAGUGUCAGAUUCUCUGAAGAAUCCAGGGCUGGUCAUGAUCGCAGAUGAAAAAGAGGACUAUGUAAUGACAGUGGAUGUGUUCUUCAUCUCCAAUGGUAGUCUUACCGUCUCUGUGGAAACACGUAGUGGACAGACAUUUAAUAUUCAUUAUGUGUUGACCUCGACACUGAUUGCCAUGGAAAAUACAGAUAUAUUUUAUGGACUUGGUCCUGAGCGCAAUCAUUGGAUACACUUAGCUCGUGAUAUCAAAAUUGAUCUACAGAAGGGAUUGAGUCUAAAGUAUUCCAAGGUACGACGAACCAAAUCAAGAUAUCAGUUUUCGCGUAUACGAGACAUUGCUGUACGUGGACAUGGCCGUCUGGACAACUUGACGUUAGCAAGGUCAGCUCACAUGGACCACUUCUUUGCUGCAGCAGACUGGCUAGCUCAACAUCAGGAUAGCCAUGGAGGGUGGCCUAUAGUGGUUGCUCGGAAGCUGUUGCCAGAGGUGAUGGAGUUGCCACCUGGCUGGUAUUCUGCCAUGGCUCAGGGUCAAGCCAUGUCUUUGUUGGUGCGAGCAUAUCUUGUUACGUCCAAUCCCAAAUAUCUGCAAGCAGCUGUUAGUGCAAUGAAGCUGUUUGAAAUUAGCAGCGAUCAAGGUGGUGUAUUGGCAAGGUUCCUCGGUCAGUAUGCUUGGUAUGAAGAAUACCCUACCUCACCCAGCAGUUUUGUUUUAAAUGGCUUUGUCUACGCCCUCCUUGGCCUAUAUGAUCUCAAGGAGACAGCAAAAGGAGAUGAUGGGAAAAUGGCUACCAGGUUGUACGAGGCAGGCAUGAAAUCUCUGAAGGCCAUGCUACUGAUGUUUGACUCUGGCACUGGAACUUUCUAUGAUCUGCGUCAUAUUACUAUUGGGAUUGAACCUAACCGAGCACGUUGGGACUACCACACAACACAUAUCAACCAGCUACUCCAACUGAUAGUGAUAGACAGUGACCCAGUGUUCAAAACCACUGCCCAGCGGUGGAUAGGUUAUAUGAAAGGUAAACGUGCACGACACAACUGACUAGGGUUGCACUAACUCUUGGCUGGUAUUUCACUCAGCAGUUUGAAUGUCACUUAAAUGGAUGGGAAUCUUCUUAACUGCUUGUGGCUUUAUAGAAGAUUGUGCCAUGAUUCUGACCAGGAGUGAUUUCACUUGCCAACCUCUACAGACUUUAAAUUCAGCUACUGGAAUGUAAGAAAUCAGUGGCAUAGUGUGUUGUGAUAAUGUUGAUCACCCAUUUUUUUUAUUUGUUUGUUUUAUGUUGUUUUUGGUUGUUUUUUUUUUAGUAUGCCACACAGCAGAACACCCUGCAGCCCAGUCUUGCCAGUGAGAAUGAGAUUGUUUGUGUGUGUCUGUGUGAGAGAUAUAGUCUAAACAGACAUGUUUGAGAACCAUACAAAGUGAUCACAUUCGUGGAUGUAAUGAAUGAGGCUGAAAGUGUUACAUUCAGCACACCACCAGACAGCAGUGGAGCGGUGGACUAGAAGUGCAUUGAGAAUGGAAGGAUGUUGAUGAGCAAGAGCCAGGAGAUGCUUUUUGCACAGAGUGCACUAUGUGUUGAAACGUUUAGGGGUGAGGAGUCUUUCACUUUUCAGAAACCAUCUAUCAGCUGUCUCUCAGGUGCUUAAAUGACAGCAACUUGAAAUUGUUUGCUUGCUAUGGAGGACGUCACCCCAACAAAAAGCAAGAGUGAAAUUGAUGUUUUAUGAAAAGACAUGACCUGUGGCAUACUGUGUUGAUCAUGUCUGAUCACGUGUGUUCAUAAAUUUGUGAUCAUAUAUGAUUCUGUUUAUGGUUUGAAAGGAGGGCUGUAGGGGAGGAAUGGCUUUGAGUAGUUCAUAAUGUCUUUGCUAUACACUGGGAACAGUGCAGACCACAUCCUAUUUGUGAUGUAAUAGAGAAUGUUUCAUGCAUCUUGUGUUUAUAUACUUGAUCUCAGGGCAGCUAACUCUUCUGGGCAAAGCUUCAGUUGUGUAAUAAUGUACUUGCACAUUGGUAGGAGGGGUUUGACUUAUAUAAUACAAUAUAAAGCCAGACCCCUAGACAAUAAACUUCCAUUAACAUCAUGAUCUGUUUCUGGACCAGAUCUUUCAUGGGAGUUAUGUAUUGCAAAUAUGAACAGAGAAUUAGUUUUUAAUGGUUUUAUUGGUUUUAUUUAUUAUAUAUAUUGAUGUUCAAUUUGUAUUUGGCUGGCAGUUUUGAAUUGUGGAAAACUUCGAGUAGCUGAAUAGAUCAUGCCUAACUUAAUAGACUAUUUAGGUACAACUAGCACAUCUGAACCUUCACUUUCUUUAUUUGUUUUCCAGAACUAGAUAAUGGAAGACUAACAUUUAUGUUUCGAGCUUGUUCAUUGAUUUAAAGUAUGUUGCUGCAGGUGCUAUAUUUCUGACCAAGUUAGAAAUAGCUGUGUGUGUGUGUCUGAAUUACUGGUUGUAAUUCCUGUGUUUGAAAAUUCAAAUUUUUUUAUCCACUAGCUAAUAAUAUAUUCCUUCAAGUCAUGAUAGGUGUACAAUAAACCAGUUGUGUGGAUGAAAACAAAUGUUUUACUUUCUAGUCAGUCGAGACUAAAUCAACAAUAAGGAGAAGGGAUGGGACUUAAAACUGACUUCUAAGGCAGGGUAAAGGCUACUGUUUCCAGCUUGUACAUUUUUCAAGUGGAAAUAUUGCAGAGUGCAUUGUGAAGAUACUAAAAUCUUGCUUAACCACUCCUUCAUAACAAGGGAGCAAAUGUUUGGCCUUUUGCAUUCCAUUUUUAAAAGUCAGAAAUAACUACUUUGUUUUACAGAGUUAGUUUCAGAACUACAUUUUUUAAAGUGUAAAAAUAAUAGAGAAAAAUUUUACUUUGAUUUGAUAGUGGAUUAUUUUAAAGUAUUUUAAUUGUUUGUUCAUUUCAGACUUCAAUCAUUUGGUCUGGAAGUAGAAGUAGAUUAUAACAUAUAGAAAGCAGCUGUUUUACCUACCAUAUAUUCGCUUACAAGUACUAAACAGCUGAGAACUUAGUGCAAGCACUUAGCAGGAUGCAUAUAUGUAUAGUUUUAUGUAAGUGUGUGAGAGUAUAGCAUUUUGCAGUAUUUAGAGUUUUAUUUCUUUAUUUUCUCAAUUUUUAUUGCAUAUUAGCACUUGAGCCAUGUUUUAAUACAACCUCUAUAUCCUCAUCUUGUUAACUAUACAACUGGUUUCAAUACAGCAUUAAAUAUUUACUUUUAGUACAGUAUUAAUUUUCUUUCCCAUUUCAAAUUUUACAGAAGGACUUCUCAAACACAGGUUUUGCAAUAAGUCACUGUAAAUAUUUAUUUGUGUAAUUUUCUUCAUAAUGUGAGGAAGUUGGCACUAUUUUAACUGAAAGUAUUUUUAGUAUGGUAUGGGCAUGAAAUUGGCUGGUAUAAAGCCCCGUUUAAGACAGUGGCUAUUUGUCUUAUAUAUCCACAGAACAACUCAGGCUACGGAUGAUCAUAGGUUUGGCUUGAUCUCAUUAUUGCCAGAGCCUACAGCUGUUGUGUCUAUGCAGGACAUUUAAUAAGCUUUCAAAAUAGAUUGCUCUUAUUAAAUCUACAUAAGAACAAACAAAAGCAUAAAUGGGUUCUUUAAAAUGAUUAAUACCUGUGGAAAGUUCUUAAUUGCCAGUCAUUUCUAUGCCAGAUAGGAUAGAUACCAUUACAAAACUAACUUCAUCAGGGUAGAAUAUACAAAUACAAAAUAAAGAACUGUGUCUCAUUCAUCACAUAAUUUAAAGAUUAAUACCCAGUGUGGUUAUAUUGCAACAAAAAUAACUGGAUAAAAAAGAUCUUUAGAUCAACACUAGCUCGAAGGUGCUGGGGCAAGGGGAGCCGAACUUGGUGUUUUGUUUAUAAAACAUUCCAGUCACAGAGUUACCUCUCCUAGAACUCACCGUUUGUAUACAUUUAAAUGUUUAUGUUUGCCCUGGUGAAAAAAAAUGGGAAAAUUGUAUUUGAUUUUAAAUGGUCUUUUUUUUUUUUCUUGUUUUCCUCAAGAAUUAUUUAUUGGCCUUCACAACCAUUGUCUUUAUCUCUCUGUGUAUCUGUCAUCGUAUGUGUAUGUUUCCCAAAAAGCAUACUUCCUCAUCUUACCUUUAUAAUUUUUAUUUCUGCUUUUCACAUUUGUUUAGCUUUCAGGAUUAAACUGGUCUUUUUCUUUCUACACCAAAUAUAACAAAAGACAGAAUGGUACACUUUACUAAGAUUCUUCUCUUGCUACAAAAGUCUGUUGCAUUUAGAGAUAUAGGAUAUAAUAUGCAUAUACAAGGAGAAGUUACUUCAAACAAAACCCCCAUUACACAUGAAUACCUGCAAGACCACACCUAAGGCCUUGUAUCUAUGACUCUAAACAAAACAGUGUUAUGUGAGCAUGAAUUUCUGUCACAUUAUUUUCACACUACAUUUUUUUAAAAAGAAAAGUGCAUGGUAGUUUGAAAGAAAAUGGCAUGUUGAGCUGUGAUGAGUCUUAAUCAAAACUGUUACAAGCAUACAGGUGUACAGGCUUCAGACUUUGUACAUGGAAGUAUUUCUUUGUUGUUUAAUUUUAUUUGAGGUUCUUUGAUAAUCACAGCUUGGCCUGUGGAUGGAUAUUUCUGGCUUGUUGCCAGGUUCUCAUUAGUGAUUUUUGCAUUAUUAUUGUUUGUGAAGUUGUAUAAAGAGCACCUAAAGUUGUCUUAAAUUACUAUAUCUACAUUUCUAGUUUUUUUUAUUGUCCUUUUAACUUUUUUUAACCAUGUCUGCAAGUAUAAAGUAAAUAUAUGUGUGUGUGUGUGAGGGGGGAUUCUGCAACUUGUGUAACAAUCUUUUUCAUGAUCAAAACUAUCUAAGAACUAACUUUCUCUUAAAGUAACACUUUGUGUAAUAAUAUGUUUGUGUCAUUUGCCGUAUGGUCUGAUGAGCUAAAUUGCUUGUAACCAAGACUUCAAUGGGGAUGAAUAUCUCCACUGAUACAAAGCAUUUCACCUGCAUAUGUCACCUGUUUCCAAUGCCAGGUCCUCCCCCAUGAUUUAGUAAUGGUUGUUGCCAUGGCAUAAAACAGCCAGAAAGAGAAGUGCACGAUACAUUCUUCUUGUUCUUUUGUAGCUCUUUUUUGUGUUUUAAAGAAGUUCUCUGUGUUGACAGGUUUUAAGAAUCAGGCACUUAAUUUUAUUAUCAUCAUUAUUAUUUAAAGUAAUAAAUUAUGCCUAAAUAUUUUCUUUAAAUUUAUGUGGUAUUGUUGGAAAGCUACUAAGGAAAAUCAUGGCUUUUAUUGCUGUUGAAUAUUUAAAAGUAGUAUAAACAUCAGUUCCAGUUGGCCUCAAAAAUAUUUGUCCUUUUGCUGGCUUGUUUUUUUGUUUGGUUUUUUUUCAUCUAAAUUCCCACAUAUUGGUCUUGGUCAACCUUACAAAGUAGCAGAGUUCUGAAAGCCAUCAGAAUAACAUUGUUCAUGCCAAGAUCUUUAUUUUCUCUUAUUGGGGUAUCAGACGUGCUUAGGCAGAAACAUUAAAUGUAAAUAAUUUUGAGUGAUAAUUUUGCAGAAAAAUUUAGGGAUAAUCACCCAGACAGCUUUAGCAAAGCUAAGUUUCCUGCAAGAGAGGAUGUAGGCUUUGAAAAGAUAAAAGUACGUUGACAAUGACAAUGACCAACUUUAGAAAGGGGUUAUAUUGAAAUUCUGUGGUAUGGUGCAAUGAGUAGUUUUGGGAUCAUGUCUAAUAAUCUAACCAGAAAGCUGAUCAGACUUAAAUCUCUAUUUUCACCUAGUGUACUUAUCUUUUUUCAUGCUCAUUUAGUUUAACUAUUUGGUGAAGUAAUUACUUUUGAUUUAGAAAUAAAAUAUAUGUAUUAUUUCCUUUUGUUACACAAGCUUUGUAGCCACAUAGCAAGCUAAACUGUGCCAGUAUAUAUUUAUACAAGUAAGGAAAUUCCUUGAGCAGGACCUGUGCCAUAGAGUGUUUUUCACUUAUUAAAUGUUCUCACUGUAGAGACAUCAUCCAAUAAAAAUUCAGUCUUUUCUGUAAACCAUCUAGCUUAAAAAAUGGUGUGCAUUUCAUAAAUGAUAAAUUAUGAUAGUUUGCAUGUUUUGUUUAUUUAUUGGUUCUUUACUACAUAAAUGUAAAACAUGCAUCAGGUGUAAUUUCUUUUUUGAGGUAAAGGUUCCCUUCUUAAUGAUUGUACAUGUAUUCUUCAAAGUACUGGCUUUGCUUUAUAGAUAUCUCUAGUUACCUUUGGUUUGUCUAAUUUAGUAAUAUCUUCGUGUCUUGCUUUUUUUGUUUUGACAAGCAGUCAACGACUGUUCAGACAAAUUUUACAACUUAUGUGUCAUGCUGUUUACUCAGCUCACAAAGCUUUUAGGCUAUUGGUGGGCCCCACAACAGGUAGCCAUCCUGUACAUGGGCUGUAGGUUGCACUGUUAUACUCUGAACGUGGGUUGCCCAUCGAUCAACAUAGUGCUAUGUCCCCUAAAGUGGUCUGUCUAGUUUUGUGGUUAAUGGUGUGCAUGAUUUGCUGUCUAUCAGCUUUCUCGUGCUAGGCAAGCAGAGUUCACAAUGCUUGUGUCACAACUCCUUUUUUUGUCACAAAAAGCCUUGAGAACUCACACCUCGUACAUGCAAAUUGAUCAUUCUUUAUUGAGAUAAGAGUUAAGUUCAUACUGUGAAGAACAAAAUUACAGUAGUUGAAAAUAAUUACAUUUUAUAGAUUUGUUUUGAAGACAGUUAUUUUAAAGCAUUUCUGCAGAUUUCUAUUUAAAGAGCCCUAAACUGUGGCAGUUUUGCAUGAGACAUGCUGUUUUCCUUUUUAAGCCAUCUCUGUGGCAUCUUGCUUAAUCUGAGCUGAGUUGAAAAGAAAUUAUCUCCUUGAUUUUUCACUUUAUUUUCUUAGUUAAAUCAAUAUGGAUUCUCAGUCUCACCUCUCAAUAUGUUGGUGACUCUCUUAAGUGUUUUUAAUCAAUAGCUUAUUAGCAAUUGAUGUAUUAGCAAAUCUACUCCAGUUCUUUUCUUUUAAAAGAAUUAUUUUAGAUCAUUUUAGUUGAUUUUUUAGAAAGGUCUCCUUGCCAAACUUUUUAUUGAAAUAAUUUUUUUCUUAAAUUGCGUCAUCACAAUAAUUUUUAGCAAAUUGUUCUUAGCACCAUUUUAGGAUGUUUUGUAAGGAUUACCUUUUUAUUACUAAAGUUGAUGGGUUUGGAUUAUUUUGGGGAGUUCCCACAUCUAAGGGAUGUCUUUGUUAUUUUAACUUUAAUCGUGAUUAGUGAUUCCUGUAAACAGCAUAACCUUUGAAAUAAUUUAUCAUGUAAACGUACCCAGUUCACUGAAUAUUUAUGGAGUCUCAAUUUUUUUAAAAUUUAGAACAUUUCAAAAUAAUAAAAUUUCAUUUAUCAGGAAAGUGAUAAGCUUGUAAGGGUUUGGUUGUCUUGUCACUAGUGUCUCAGUACCUAAAUGAGUGGACAAAAAAAUUUUUUUACAGAAGUUUUUCUUUUUUGCUAGUGAAAAACAUUACUGGUGGAUAUGCAAUUUGUGGUUUUGUGAUAUUUGUACAUAACUGUCACCACACAUUAAGCAUUCCACAGAGGUUUCAUUGAGUGUGUGGUGGACAGAUGCUAGGCACAUGUGGUCUGUUGAAUAUGCUCCCAACUGUUUGGAAACUUCAAAAUGAUGUGCUAGUCCUACAGGGCCUCCACUGGUUUUUUUUUUCCCCAUCUUUGUUACCGGUAUGUACCUUUUAUUCAAGGGUUUAAUACCAUUAAUAUCCCAUCAUAGUUUUCUUCUUAUAGUGCACUUUAUUUCUUGUACUUUAAAUUUUUGAAGGCUGAAGCUGUUGUUUCUUUUCAUUGUCAUUCUCUGUCAUUUCUUGUCUCUUCAUGGACAAUUUCCUAGGAAAAGCUGUAUAAAAACUCCUUUUAAAUGGAAAACAGGGUUGAUCAAAUGUAAGAGAAAUAAGUGGUCACAGUUGUGUUGAGGAAUUGUAGUGAGGAAAAUGGCAAAAUGCAGAUAAAGUAGUUGUGGAAUCACUGAAUUUAAUUUUCUUUAUCUUGUUCAUGCUAGUGAUCUUGAUAUGUUCUGAUGAUGUUUGAUGAUAUAUGUGCACACCACAACUUGCACAUCUGCUUCAUACUAUCACCGAUUUUUUUUUUCCUUGCUUCCUCUACAUUUGUCUUAAGGAGGGAAAGUUACAAAGAACACAUUAUCCUGUCCUGUAGAGAAUUGUGAGACCCUCUAACAGCAGCAGCUGCUAAGCUGUCAUAGAUGCUUAAUUAUUAUUUUGAAACUGUGAGCCUGUUCUCUGAAAAAACCACCUAUCUCCACUCAUUGCACAGAUAGACUUAUUUUUUAAGAGUAUUUUUUUAUCCCUUUUCUUCUGCAUUAUUGUGUUACUGAUAAAGUUUCACGUAACAUGCAAGCAUAUCACAAGCAAGCAAAUGUACCAAGUGCUGCCUGCUCCAAUUUUAUUAUCAGAAAUGUACUCUCAAGAGUCCACACUGUUCAUGCUUCCAUUUAUCAGAACUUUCUUUUUAAAAAAUGUUGUGAUCUAAGUGUUCAUAACUAUUCAUACUCUUAUAACUUGCCAUCACUUACCUGUUUGCCUUGUUAUAAACUCUGUAAUUUCUGGAGCAUUUUGUUUUUAGUAAUGCCCCAUGCAGAGUUGAAUGAGGGAGAAACAUUGUGCUGCUUCAGCGUCUGUGCAUAAGAUUUUUUUCCAGCCAGAAAAGGUUCUUUUUUGUCUCUAAGAUGUCUUUUUAAAUGGUUAUUAUUUCAGUGUCUUUUUAAUUUUUCAAGCAAAAUUAUUUUCCCUAAAAUAAGUUCCUUGUGUUCCACCCUCUUUUUGUGUAACUGUUGCCGUGGAUUUAAGGGGGAGAGAGGUAAUGGAUUUACUAUUAUUACCUUGUUUUUCUAUGUACUCUAUCAGCUCUGAUUUUUGUGCACUUUACAAUCUUUUGCUUAUUAGUGGUGUUUCUCUGUGUAUUUUACAGUCUUUGUGGUGUUCUGUUAAGCAACAGAUCAUGUGGUCAUACAGAGAUGUCUGCUAAUUGCACUUCCUGUUGUAUUGGCUCUAGAAUGAGUGAAAGAAAACAAUAUUGAAUGGAGCUCUUAAUUUAAAACAAAAAAAUUGAAGUAUUUUACUGUGUGUGGUCAUUUUAAAAAUCAACACCUUUUCUGAGAAAGAAGAUUAUUGUCAUUAUGUCUGAGUUUAUAAGUCUUUUGUGGAUACUUGUAUUUUUCUUUUUAAUGAGCGUGUACAUAAAAUUGUAUUUGUAUAUUUUGCUUCAUGGGUGCUUAGCUUGGCACCCUAACAUGUGCAUUCAGAAUAACUUGCUUAAAAAUGCUGGAAACUGUUUUACUUCAAAAAUGUUGUGAAUUCUUGAGAGACCUAAUUUGAAUAAUUAUGUGCAGUCCAUAAAACCUGCCAUCAACUUUA